UCUUCCGGUUAAUUUAUGUUCCAUAUUGAUGGUUUUAUUUUUUAUAUUUUUCCGAAUUCAUUUGUGGCGAUUGAACUCGUUGGAGUUACAAAAAUUUAAUUUUUUUUUUUUGAAAAUGGGACUUGAUUUUACUAAAAUUGGUUGUUUUUAGUUUGUAUUUCCUUGAUUGGUGAUGGAUAAUUGGUGUAUAUCGAUUAUCUUUGGCGAUUCUAUGUUGAAAUUUUCUUCACUAAUUUCGUCGGAAUGUGGCAAGAUAUGUGAUUUUUGUUCAAACUUUUCUCCAAUGUAAUGGUGUUGUAGAAGCAUGCUAAUGUUGGGGAUUCCUUGAUUUGAAUCAUUGACUCAAAAAAUAAUUUUUUUUUUUGAAAAAAUGGGACAUGAUUUUACUUAAAAUUUGUGUUUUUAAGUUAGUAUUUGGUUUGAUUUUGCAUUAUUUUUUUUGGAUUUUAAUUUCCCCCGACGAUUGCAUUGAGAAUUUUUUUAUCAAAUUUUCUCGAUUUUCGUGCUAAAAAAUUUGGGUUUCUUCCUUUUUUUGUUCAAUAUAAUGGUGAUUUAGAUGUAUGUUCUUGUGGGUGAUGGAGUUGUUUUGGAAGAAGCUUGUUCUGCAAAUAGGCUUUUUGGGUGCUGUAACUGUUGUCAUGUUAAUAGACUGCUAGGUCGAUUUGGUAUCGUAUUUGCUGUUAUAGUUAAGAAAAGUUAUUUUUUAUCCGUAGAUCAUAACAAAUGGCUAGAGGUAAUAAACCCAAGGCUGUAGAAUUUGAUAGGUCUGAGAAAAGAAAAAAACGAGUAGUCGAUGAAUCAGAGAAUAGAAAUUGCAGCGAGAAAGCUUUUGAUGCUUCGAUUUGAGAUGAGACGGAGGAAAUAGAAAUUGAGGCUAGGAUAGAUGAGGAAACAUUGAUCUUGCCCCAUUGUUCAAGGUUUAUUUCGGCUAAAAAGUACGACCUCGCCACAGUCCUGGAUGAUGUUGGAUUAUUUUCGGCUAAGAUAUCUGUUAGGUCCUGUUUGAAAAUGUUUUAUGAAUUCAAACAAGUCGUGGUUGAUCAACGUAUGAAGUCUAGAUUUAAGAAUUCCUAUUUUGAUAGUUUAUGGGACUUGCCAGAAUAUAUGAAGUUCAUGGACAGCUUGUCUACUAUACACUUUUUUACCGAGUUGAACAGGACAACAAGCUGUGUGAAAUAUGGUUCUGCAUCAAUGACAGGCCUGCAUGUUUGGCCUGAAAGAGUUUACGCUAAUCACGGGUUAAACUGUGGGUGUUAUUCUCAUGAUUCAAAAUAUGUCAAAGUGAUGGAGGAGGGUGAAGCUUUUUUCAAAAAAAUUGCGAAAAAGAGGAAUGUAAAUGCGAAGAGAUUGAUGAAGAUUAUUAUAGGUGGGAGGCUGGACAAGGAGGAAAAGUUCAAAUGCUGCUUGGUUUAGUUCCUGCACUGAAUAUUUCUUGCACACAACUUGUCAAAAAUCGUGGACAUAGACACCAUCAAGAUGGUGGAUAACUUGAGCUUCUUUGAGAGAUACCCUUGGGGUAAGGAGUUAUUUGCCUUGACUCUAGACUAUCUAAAGAAGCGGAUAGACUUCAACAGAAAGAAGAAGAUAUUUGUGACAAAGAGAAUUUCAUCGGGAAAUAAUAAAUCAACUGAAGACCCGCUGUCCAUUACCCGAUUGCUCAGAUGGCACAUCUCAAAAGGCGAUAAAUUAAUCGAAGGUGAUCCAUAUUUGAACGGAUGGAGCACAAAGAGUGCACCCGUACCUUAUCCCCACAGUUCGUGAAAUGAAGCAGCACUACACGAAAAAGUUCAAAGCAUUCACGGACGAACCGAUGGACAUAUUUAUCGAUGGCUUGAAGGACCAUCUGAAGGGUGUGGCUUUCAUCACCUCAUCGGGGGAUGGUGAGGAUAGGGAUGAUGAUCGAUAUUUUGGUGGAAAUGUUGUUUCAAGGCAUGUCACUUACGGUACGGGGAGGAGUAAGCUGAGAGCAUCAGAAAAGACUCCGAUGAUUGAAAUCUAGAAGUGCACGUGUUUAGGAUGGAGGAGUCGAUCAAGGACAUCGUUGAUUUUGUGAAAGAGGGGAGGCUGAGGAGAGCAGAAAAGGAGAAGCAAAAGAAGAGAGAUGAAGAUGAAGGUGUGCAGGUGCAAAGUCGGCAUUCAGCGACGAGGGUUGUCUGCGAUGACAGCGACAUUGAGGAAGCGCUCCUUGAUGCAACAGCUUUGGAACAGGCCUCGAUCAAUGCUAAUGAGGUGAUGAUCCCUGAGGUUACAGCUGUUGUAGAGAAUAAAAAUCUCAAUGAAGACAAUGAAGAUAAAGAACAAGAAAAAAAUAAAGAAGCUGUUGGUGAAGAAGAAAAUAAAGCUGAUGGAUCAGCUGGUGUGGAGAUGGUGGAUCAUGACGAAGGCAGGAAGGAUGAAGAAGAUAAAAAUAAGAAAAGUGUUUGUGAAUAAGAAAACAAUGAAGGAGAUGGAGAGGAAGCAGAAGAGAAGAAUGCAGGAGAAGUGGAGAAAGAAGAAGAAAAAAAUGAUGCACUAGAAAAAGAAGGUAUCGGCGUAGAAAGAAAAUGAGAAUAAAUUUUCGAACUUAGAUAAAUUUCUUAAUGAAGUUACUCAGGACAUCGACAAGAUGCAAGUGGAAGACGAAAAUAUUGAAUGUUUAGACAAUAUUUAAUUUUUAUUUGUGUCUGAUGAUUAUUUUUAUUAGA